AUGUUGUCACAUGUAGUAUAUUUGUUGCAGGUGGCAACUAUUUUAUCUGCCUUUGUUGCAGUUGCAGUCAGUCCACUGCGAGGGCCGCAGUUCACGAACACACAAAGCGGACCGGGCAAUGGAAUAGUGCAGAAGUACAUAAUUGAAAUUAUAGAGGGGAGGUCCAUCGAGUCCAUACCUCAGCUGUUUGACAACCCUGAAGCUGGUGAUCACGAGAAGUUUGACUGUGGCGAUAUCUUCACGGGGGCAACAAUUGCUACGUCAGCCGAAAACAUUGAUACUAUCCUGGACAUACCGGGGGUAGUCAAUGUCUGGCCGGUAACAACAUUGUCAGUUCCACGGUCCCCUCAUAUGACAGACGAACUCGACAAGAGCCGCCCAAGAAACUAUUCGGUUCAUCACUGGACUGGAGUGGACAAACUACACGAAGCUGGAAUGAGAGGCAAAGGCACCAAGGUUGCAGUUGUAGACACUGGAGUUGACUACUCCCACCGCGCGCUCGGUAGUUGUUUCGGUCCUGAAUGCAAGAUUGCUGGGGGGUAUGAUCUUGUAGGGCCAAAAUGGGAUUCUCGUUCUGAGAGGAUUCAUCCUAAAAGGCCCGACCACGAUCCCAUGGAUCAUAAAGGGCAUGGCACUCAUGUUGCUGGAAUAAUCGCAGGUGAAAAUGAAUGGCAAGUACCCUCUAAUAAUCAUCCACCAAGUACAUUGGCGGAAAUCACUGACCAUCCUCUUCGUAGGUUUACUGGUGUGGCACCUGGAUCGGAACUCUUGAUUUACAAGGUCUUCUCAGACGAGCCGUUUCAGUCAGAUACAACCGAGGAUGUCCUCAUACAAGCAUUUUGUGAUGCAUAUAGCGCCGGGGCAGAUGUAAUCACAGCCAGUAUCAAUCGACCUGGUGGAUUUGUUGACAGUCCCUGGGCCUUGGUUGCUAAUCGGAUUGUUGAACGUGGUGUAUUCGUAUCUAUAGCUGCCGGAAACGAUGGUGAGAAAGGUCCGUUUUACUCGGGAGUAGGAUCAAAUGGGCAACACGUUCUUUCGGUGGCGGCCAUCAAUGCAAGCGGUGACCCAAUGUUGGCGGAUUCAGAUUCACAACAUCGGCCGAUUGCCGCUUAUUUUACUUCCUGGGGGCCAACAAAUGAACUGGUGUUGAAACCAGAUAUUGGGGCCCCCGGGUAUAACAUCCUCAGUACGUAUCUUGAUCAAGGUUUUGAGACUGACAGUGGUUCAUCCAUGGCGGCCCCCUAUAUUGCCGGAAUAGCAGCUUUGUAUAUCGGUCAUCACGGUGGUAGAGAGCUUCACGGCCCGAAUUUCGCAAAAGACCUGGCAAAGAGGAUUGCUUCGAGUGGCCGCAAUGUUGCCUGGAGUACAGGUGUCAUUUUCUUCAAUGAAUCCGCACCCCCUUUUCAGGUCGGCACGGGACUUGUCGACGCCUGGAAAGUGUUGCACUAUGACACUCAAAUAUCAUUCGAGCCGAUCUCACUAUUAGACACAGAGCUGUUCCAGCCCGAGUGGGACAUCCAAGUAACGAACAACGGUAACAGAACGGUAAACUAUGCCUUCGAGCAUGAGUCCCUGCCGGGAGUUGAAAUCUAUGACGGAAUCAGUGACAUUCGACCUCUUUCUCAACUAGCACCUCUCAGAAUAGUACCAGGUGUUUCUCUUCCUCUGAAUGCAACUCUUCAUUCCGGUCAAACUAAGACAUUCAGAAUUAAGUUUGAACUUCCUUCUGACAUCAAUGACGACUUCUUGCCGUUGUAUGGUGGAAAGAUCUGGAUUAAUGGUGACAAUGAUGAGCAGCUAUGCAUUCCAUAUGGAGGCGCGGCGUAUGAUACAGAGAAGGCAUUCGACAGAAUGUUCGAUGGCGCUCCUGUAAUUGAUGGGUGGCAUGAUGGCGCCUCCUGGUCUUUCAACCCGAAUAAAACUCCCAGCGACUUCGCGGACAUAUCGAGUCGGCUCAGCUAUCCUUGUGUUCACCUUCGGUGGGAUAUAUUCGAAGAGGACUGGGCGGAAUCCCAGUGGCAAUAUCCUCUCAAAAUUGGAAAACGACGGUUCGUUGGAUCAGCCACCUCGGUACGUGAUUCGGACAAGUUUCUGUGGUUCGAUGCUUCGGAGGUCGACAUAAAUGAUACGGUUUCGUUCCCAUUGACUCGCAUUCCUCGAGGAUAUCAGCGGUUUUGGUGGUUUAGCAAACUGUCAAACGGAAGCCAGAUUUCUCCUGGUAAUUACACUAUGCGAAUUGCCGCCUUGCGGCCAUAUGGUAAUCCGAAAAUAUCUGACCACUGGGAUGUGGUUGACCUUGAUAAACAUGCGAUCGAAAUACUGCCGCAAAAUGCAACAAACUCGACGUUUUCGAAAUUCAUGAGCAAGAUGUAG